GGAGAGAAGUUUGAUGAAUGAGAAACAAAAGAUAAUAUGGAGAUCAAUUCACCAAGAGAUGAUGAGAGAAGUGACCAAUAGGGCUGAGGGAGCUUUUAUGAAAGAAAAACUAAAGAAAAUAUGGACAUCAGUUUAUCAAGAAAUGAUGAGAGAGGUUUCAAGUACAAAUGAGAGAACAUUGAUCAAAGAAAUAUUAAAGACAAUUUGGACAUCAAUUCACAAAGAGAUGAUGAGUGAGGUAUCCAGAAGAAAUGAGAGGAAAUUGUUGAAAGAGGAACUAAAGAAAAGAUGGACAGGAAUUCAUGCAGAGAUGAUGGAGGUGUUAUCAGAUAGAAUGAGGAUGCAACUUUUAAAAAGAAAACGAAGGACAAUGCACUUGGAACUUAUGGCAGUUUGGUUCAGGAUGGAAUAUAAAAAAGAAAUGCAACAAAUGAAAGAAUUAGUAAGGAAGGAAGCUGAAGAUGCCAGAAGAGAAAAACUUAUUAAUGAUAAGAAAUUAGACAUGAUGAAAUCUAUUGAGAAAGAUGACACCUGCAAUUUUGGCCAAAAGGAUAAACAUGUACCACAAUCUGAUGAAAUUGAAACUUUCGUCCCCAGGGCAUUAUUUCUAUUCAACAUAGAAACGUUUAAAAUGGAUUCAAAGCAUGUUGAGGUGCCACAGGAAAGUAGCAGUUCUCAGAGUGCAAUAAAGGAAUGCACACCCAUUGUAGAUGAGAGGUCCACCAGUUUGCCAAAGAAGAAAACUCUUCGAACAAAAAUUAAAAAGUUCUUCGGAUUUAGAUAAAAAAUGGGAGCAGACAUGAUUUUGGGACACAAAGGAAUGUGCAAUUUUCGAUUCUGUGGGACUAUAUUUGGAAAUUCAUGCAUAAACUUAAACAUUGAUAAACUAUUUCAGGAGAAGAGUCAUUAUAAUUUUUCAUUCCAUGUUAAAUCAUUAAUUAAACUAAACAGUGACAUGACAUUUCUUGUUUUUCUUUUGUUCAGAUGAAUUCUACUUAAUUUUAAAUGCAUGUGUUAAUCAGAUUAAGUGUUAAAUACAGGAAA